AUGUGGGACGUCCCAGUAUUUUUUUUUAAAUUUAUCCCACUUGCAAAUUUUCCGCUAAAUCUGGCUAAUUCUAAUCCGUGGUGGACCAGUCGGGUGGCCUUUCCGGCCACCGGCCCCGGCCCGAUAUCAACCACCCUCGACGGCAGCAGAAGAGAUCAAGGUGACGAAGAAGACGAGCCAAAGGGAGGCGGCGUGGUGGUAGGAAACCGCCGAUCGAGAGGGCGGCCACAAGGAUCAAAAAACAAACCAAAAUCUCCAAUCAUCGUCACACGCGACAGCCCACACGCGCUUCGCACGCACGUGAUCGAGAUCGUCGGAGGAGCCGAUGUCGCCGACAGCAUAAACCAAUUCUCCAACCGCCAACAACGUGGGGUUUGUGUUCUCAGCGGCAGGGGUACAGUUGUCGACGUAACUCUCCGGCAAUCCGCCGCUUCGGCCGCCGUGAUCCAACUCCACGGCCGGUUCGAGAUUCUAUCUCUGAGUGGGUCAUUUCUUCCCGGCCGAGCCCCUCCCGGUUCGACCGGGCUGACCGUGUACAUGGCUGGCGGGCAGGGGCAGGUGAUUGGAGGGACGGUGGUGGGCCCACUAUUGGCGGCUGGGCCUAUAAUUUUGAUAGCAGCUACUUUUGCUAAUGCAACUUAUGAGAGAUUGCCUUUACAAGACGACCUUAAUUAUCAAGAAAAAGAGGUUUCUCCGGCCACCACGUGCGGCGGAGAAGUGGAGGAGCCGCCACCGUAUCCUCGGAUGGCAACUUCAAUUUACGACUUGGUUGCACCAAAUAAUCAUCAAGGAAUUGAUGGUUAUGCUUGGGCUCAUGAGAAACCAUCUCUUGUUUAAUUUUCACUAUUACUAUAUUAUGUUUGUAAUUUUUCCUAUUAAUUUUUAUGGUUGUUUUUA